GUAAAAUUUGUCCUACACUUCUUCAGUAUGGCCACGUUAUCACGCAUUGUGGCUCGGCAUUUACAUAUUUCACACAAGCGAAAUGCGCUUUCGAAAUUUGCUAUGCCAGCCAUGAGCCCGACCAUGACCGAUGGUGGGAUAGCAUCGUGGAAGAAGGGCGAAGGAGACUCGUUUUCAGCUGGUGAAGUUUUGCUUGAAGUGGAAACUGAUAAAGCGACUAUAGAUGUAGAAGCCCAAGACGAUGGUGUUCUAGCGAAAAUUAUUGUUGGAGAAGGCAUGAAGCAUAUCAGUGUUGGUUCACCAAUAGCCAUUAUAGCAGAAGUAGGCGACGACAUCGCCAUAGCCGAUCAAAUGCUAGCAGACAUGGCAGUUGAUCAUGAUUCCGAGGCAAAACUGUCUACAACCUCUCAGUCAGAUAUUUCGAGCGAGCCUGUUAGGCAUGAGGAGCCGAACCUACGUGACAGCACAACCGUAGGCUUCAAAUCAACUAAUUUGUUUGCAUCUCCUAUAGCGAGGAUGAUUGCAUUGAAGGAAGGUAUACCUCUUUCCAAGGUCAAAGGUUCUGGUCCUGGAGGCCGUAUAAUCCGUGGGGAUAUCGAAAAUUAUCAACCUAUUCCACAACCUGUUACUCCAGCUACGUUGCCAACUCAAGAGGAGUAUACAGAUAUUUCCCUUUCUAGCAUGCGACGUACCAUCGCGAGUCGACUCACUCAAUCAAAGCAGGAACUCCCUCAUUACUAUAUUUCCGCCGACGUUGACAUGGACCAGGUUGGCAGACUCAGGGAACUUUUUAACAAAAGUUCAGGCACUGAACUGAAACUCAGUUUAAAUGAUUUUAUUAUAAAGGCCAUUGCAUCUGCACUAACUGAUGUGCCUGAAGCCAACUCUGCAUGGCUGGGGGACUUCAUAAGACAAUAUAAGAAUGCUGACAUCUGUAUAGCAGUCGCCACCCCCAAUGGCUUGAUCACUCCUAUUCUGAAGGAUGUUGGAAGCAAGGGACUUGCGGCUAUCUCGUCUGAAUCCAAGGAUCUUGCGAAGAGAGCUCGCAAUGGAAAGUUAGCUCCUCACGAAUAUCAGGGUGGGACGUUUACGGUUUCUAAUCUCGGCAUGUAUAACGUCGACAAUUUCACUGCGAUUAUAAAUCCGCCUCAAUCGUGUAUUCUCGCUGUCGGCGCAAUAAAACCGACUAUCGUACCAGCUCCCGAAGAAAGUCAUAAAUUCAAAACCGUCCAGAUUAUGAAGGUUACACUAAGUUUGGAUCACCGGACUGUAGACGGCGCGGUUGGUGCGAAAUGGAUUUCAGCGUUCAAGGGGUACCUUGAGCACCCUUUGACAUUGUUGCUUUGAAAUUACAGCAGUUCUCUGACACUAUCUCCAAACUUGUACCAAGGUUCUUUAGCCGACCUAUUGCAUUAUACACAAUGGGCGAUGUUUAUGAAUCUACAUGGCUCGAAGGC